AUGCCACUUGAGCAAGUCUUUCUCAAGAAUGUAGUUUUGUACUUUAACACUUUAACUGAUGUCAUGAAUUUUCUGUUUCUCAACAAAAAGUGUUUAGAAACGGUCACUUCACUUUAUGUGAACUCUUAUGCGCUAACAAGACAUCACAACUUCCCUCAAAUUUAUUUAUUCUUUCCACAGAUGCAAACAUUUUAUGUGGAAACGACACUUCAGUACAUCAAAGCCAAAGACGCGCGGUGUAUGCCACUUAUAGAAAUCAAUCACUGGACAGACAAAUACCUUUACCGUGACAGGAAGGACAAUGUCUUCACCACGCAGUGGUUUCCUCCUAAAAUUCGAAAGCUUUGUGUCUACCCACAACAAGUCAUAAAAAUGUUUACAAGCAUCGACUUUUACACGCAACUCCAAGUCAUUUCAAUUGUAAAAAUUUUUGAAAAUAUUAGAUUAAAAAACACCCGUUUUUUAGACUCUUUAAUUCCUCUUUUUAAACUUCCUUCACUUAAAAAAGUGUAUAUGGAGAUCUCACCACUUUGCUAUGAAAUGAUCAACACUUUGAACUCCCAAAAAGCGUUUUCCAGUGGUGUCGAAUUCACAAUCUUCUUCUGCAUGUGGUGGGAUAUGUUUUAUAUUAAAAGUUUAGACGAAAGUUAUGACAAAAUUCAGAAUUUAAAAUUUAACUCAAAUGUCUCGAUAUACACUAAUCGCAUUGGAGACGGUCACAUCUUGACGCAUCGUGGAAUGUAUGUGUCCAGUAGUGUUACUAAUAACAAGGAGGUGUUAUUUGAUAUGAUCACUGGCAUCAUUCACUUGGGAGAUUUACACGAACUCAAUUUGAUUUUUAAUAAUAUUGACAACUUUGACUGUGAGAAAUAUGAAAAUGUUGAAAAGAUUGCAUUGAAUGGAUGUUUAAGCUCUCUAAAACUCUCAAAAAGAAUCAAAAGUGUUACUCUGAAAAUCAUUUUAUUUAAAGAAGAAAAUAUAAACAUAGAAAUGAACAACGCAGUGCUUGAGGAAUUUUCAGUAGACGGACAACCUAAUCAAAAAAUCGAAGGAGUCGUUUUAUAUGAAAAUGCACUCAAAAAGUUGGUCUUAAAAAACGCGAAUUGUUCUAUUAAAAUGCUUGGAAAUGAUAAAAAACAAUUGGAAAACAUCGACCUCUGUAAACUGAAUGAAUUUGAAUUGUUUAAUUAUAGACAAUAUGGUAUCAUAUUAAAUGAUUAUAAAGGACCAUUACCAUUUUAUGCUCUUUCAUUGAUUAAUGGUAAGUUGAACGUCAGUAACCCUAUGACAAGACUAGAAAACCUUAACUUCUCUGCAUUCAUUUUUGACGAGUGUUAUAUAAACAAUAACUACAAUAACACUAUCGAACUGGGGGAUAAUAAAUUGAGGAUUAUGUCUGUGAGAUAUUCAAGAUCAAUAACAGUUAAUGCAGGACCAACGACAUUGUUCGAACUUGAUAAUUCAGAUGGGACUUUUAAUUUUGUUGCAUUGAAAAGGAAAAAUGUGACAAAGAACAACAAAAAGCACAAAGUUGUUAUUAAAAUCGAUGAAAAGAAAUAUGACGAUUUUUUAAGUGAAAGUGAAUAA